CAUUGUGAUUAAAUAAAUUAAUAAUUUAUCGUUUUGUGAAUAUUACGUUAUGUUGGUGGGUUAUUAAAUUGGUACUCAGUUACAGUACUAAUUGAGGAAAUAUCUUAAAGAAAAUAUAUUAACUCACAUGUAAGAAGAAACAAGACCCUUAAAUUGGUGCCAAUAUUUACGCUGAAAUCUAUCACAUCAUAGCAACUUAUUUCUCACUUAGAACUAGUGCCCUACAUUUGGAUAUUAUACUUUUCACGCAAAAUUAUGGAAGAGUGCUCUAUACCUAAAGCAUUUCUUUUUACUGAAGUGACCUAACAUUACUAUGGAACAUUUCCCGAAUUUGUGCUGGCGUAGUGUUAACUAGGAAGCUCUUAAAAUGUAUACAUUAGUAGAAAUUGCAAUUAGUUUAGGUGUUUUUGGAGCAUUGGCUACAGCAGUUUCAGCAUGUGUUUGUGGCUGUAAAAAUUCCAAUCAAAAAAGUGAAUUGGUGGGUACGGCCGGUGUGGUCAAAAUCCGUUUUGAGGAAGAAGUACCAUCUCCAACGCCUACCACUCCGGCCUCUAUCAAGCGAGCAUCAACACAAAAUAGCCAAAGAAGUUUACCAGAGAUUCCACAUCCCCAUCCAGUGGGUCGACACGACAGCGGGGAUACUGCUUCUGAAAUAAUAUAUGCAACCGUAAAUUUAAAUGAAGGAAACAAGGCAAUCGCAACCACAUCUACCGCCAGAGACCAUCCAUAUGAACAUGCUUAUGCUAAACUUCAAAAUGAUGCCCACAAUAUUACCGUAGAAAUAACGCCAGACCAAGGAUCCGAGAGUGAUAUUCAGAUUGAAGAAAGAGAUACUUCAGCUACUGGCCCAGAGUCUGUAAUCAUAUCUGCUUCAGUGGCAAUAAGUGGGCAACUACCGUCAAGUCAAGAGUUACCGUACAUCACUCCACCAUCGCCACGACCCCAUACUGACACCACUGUUCAUUUCAGUGGGGAUUCUACAGAUUCUGCAAAGGGAUACACGAGUAUAUCGGUCCGUGAACCUCUAAGCAACAUCCGGGCACAAAGUACAAAAGCAGCACAGCCCCAUUACGCUACAGUAUCGGAUGACUCUGAUGAGACGUACGCGGCGAUUGAAGAAGCGAGCGUGGGCGAAGGCUCGGAUACAUAUGCACAAAUCGCACCGGAACCACGUCGUCGUGACACUAUCGCUGCCUCCGUGGUCGCUCCCGUUCCCGCUACUGUUCACGCCCCCGCUCCCGCUCCUGACUUAUUGAGUGCCGAUAUACACGGAUCCCAUUCCGCACGAAGGAGUGCUCCACCUGAAAUGGGGGCAACUUCAUCCAACGCUACACAUUCCAGACAAGCGUCAUCAUCAUCAUGUACGAAUUCGACGGGGCCCACUGUGCCGGCAAGUGUGGGGGCGGGGUCGCCAAAGCCGGAGAAACGGCAGGCGAACUCACCCCUACCGCCGCCGCCACCGCCGCAGGCUUCGAGACAUCACCACGCGCACCAGCGCAUAUCCAGCACGGGAGAUCUCCAUAGUCACGACAAGUUACGUCGUAGUCUCAACGAAAAACAUCAACGAAACAAUAGUUGUGUCAGUUCAUCGGACUUUUACGGCUGCAACUAUCCCGUGGAAAAGCACAGGUUUAGUUCCAGUGAUCUGAUAAGGCCGCUAGUUGCUAAAGAGCUCAAUUUUGAUAUAGACCAACGACAGAAUCCCGCCGACAAUUUAUACAAUUCCAUCGAUGGUCCUGGUUACAGCGAUUAUUCGUCCGCUGAUGCCAAUACGAGUAUGAACUCUGAACAACGAACCACAGAAAGCCCUUCGCGAAACGUCGAAGAUAUGUAUGCUAAAGUAAUAAAGAAAGCCAAGGGCAGAACAGAUGAAAUUGUAAGGAGAUCUAAAGAUAUUUCAAACAACGAAAUCGAUAGUAACAAGUCGAAAUAUCGAGGUGACGACCCUGGUUAUGAAACUAUCGAUCGCAAGAAGUCUAUAAAUCAUGGCUACGAGACUAUCGUGCAUAAAGAACGCAAGUUAUCACAAAAUCAAGACCCCGGAUACGAAACUGUUAAAGACAUAAAAAAAGUUGGUUUAAACACCAAUUUUACCAAUAAUAAUUUACUGAAAUUGAACCAUGCCACCAUGGAUAGUGGGCCUAAUAGCAUUAUCAGCAGUAGUGACCAUGGAUACGAACAUAUUUCAAAGACAGACAAUAACGCCUCAGAUUCAGACCCCAAUUAUGAAGUAUUACGAAAUCAACCACCCACGCCCCCAUAUGCGACUAUACCGCCUAAUUUCAAAGUACAACCGACUUAUUCCACUGUUAACAAGAGACCGGCUAAAUAUAAUAAUUGGCCAAAUAAUAAUGAAGAGGCUACUUUAGAGCCCAAUUAUGAAUCUAUGACGCAUGACCCGUUGUACACUACGGGCAGUGAAUCAGAUCCAAAUUACGAGUCAGUUCGCCCCAAAGAUUCAAAUUAUGAAAGCGUAACUCCUCAGGAUCCCAACUAUGAGUCACUAAGAUGCAAGGAUCCCAAAUACGAAUCUGUGAGGUCUAGGGACCCAAAUUAUGAUUCAGUGCGAUCUAAAAAGGAUCCAAAUUAUGAAAGUGUUAAAUAUUUUGAAUUAUCUAAGAGGGAGCCACCUUACGAAAAGGUGAAUAACGAAGCCACGUCAAGUGCCACAGUCGAGAGAUCAGACUCGGCGGCUGGGUACGAAAAAAUUAAUGUCCCUAAUAAUAGGGAACCCAAAACCAGUAUUAACAAUGGGCCCGAAGGUAUUGUCAGUGAUUACUUUCAAGUUUAAAGGUGCACACCUAGUAGAAAAAAAAACAAAAAUUCCAAUCAGAGGUAUUACUGUAGAAUAAACAUGUAUUUUUAGGAAGAAUCUGAAGUUAAGUGCUUAUUUUAGCUUUUUUGUAAUAUGUGUAUGUAUAAUACCUCGAUGACAGGAUAUUAAACAAUAAUAUCUUCCUUAGGUAUCUGUGAUAUGUAUUAUGACGAGUAUGCUUUGAAUUUUAUUUUUUGUUAUUAUUUUGUAAGAUUAUUUAUAGCAAGUAUUAUCAAUUAUGCAAUAUUAUUUAUAUUGUAAAGAUAGAGUGCUAAAAAUAUUUGUCGAUCAGACUUGAUACAAAUAUAACAUAAUACCCAAAGAAAUCUGCUACUAAAUUUUCCUUUGAGUCAUUUCAAAUAUAUUUUAUUUAUUGAAAUAAAGCAUGAAAUUAAAUAAUAAAUAAAAUGUUCUUUUUUCUUUUGGUUAACAACAAAAUAUAAUAAUUUAUUCCACUAUAUAGUACACAAUUAUUUUAUACACCUAUACAACCAGAUAGUGAAGGUAUAUAACAAAAUUUUAGUACAAUCUUUAUCCCAAAUACUGGAUAUACUCAAGUUCUUUAAAAUUCAUGUAUCAUAAACCAUUUGGUACUUUACGUACGUACUUAGGUAUGUGACAAUACUAUAGCAGCCACUGACUCGAGUACUAUCUAGGUGUUAUCAGGGCUAUAGGUAUAUAUUAGUGCAUAAAGGUUUUCACCAAACAGAAUUGAAACAGGCCUGUCUGUAACUAUGUUCCAAAUAUUUUAUAAGUCAUUCUAGUAAAACGAAAGGAAAUCACAGCAGGUAACUGUAAUUACUAUUGUUUGUAAUCUCUUUUAAAUUAAUGUAAUUAGUGUGUUCAUAACUGUUAAAUUUGUGUACCUAUACUAAUGAUUAAAUAUAUAUUUUAAGUAUACUAAGUAAUGUACAAAAAAUAUUGUGCAUAAAUUUUACAUCUAAAUAAAUUAUUAUUUGAAGGAUGUGUUAUUAAAUAUGGAAUGGUUGUUGAUUUUAGAUACCUGUACUCAUUGCAGAUGCAAAAAUUAACGUGAAGUGGUUUGAAUGAUUGAACUUAAUACAUAAGACUGUCUCAUAUCUUUGAUUAAAUCGCAUAAAACUAUUAGAAAUACUACACAAAAGUAAAGGCGACUAUUUCAUAAAACUAGACAUUACAAAAACGUUAAUAUAUUUAGGCAACACGCUACCUCAAUUUUGUAAAAAUAAACUUACAUGUGAACUUAUAAGAUGCGAUUUAUUUAAAGAACUUUUUUAUAAAUAUUUUGGCAUAUGUGACUUCAUAAUUAUUACUUUUUUAUAUUGUUGUGUUUAUUUUCUUGUGAAUAUGUUAUUUAAUUAAGGGUGAAAUGAGUAUUCAGUGUCAUAACAUUAAAUGAUUUCGUGUGAGAUGGUUGUUAAAGUAGUACCUGAGUAUAAUGCACUUAGGGAUUAUCCGUUCAGUGCCAGUUGAUAUUUCUGAUCGUAGUUAAAUUUUUAAUAAUGUAUUACGUUAAAUUUUAAAGUAAGUUAAAUUUUCCAUAAUGUAUACAACCUAAAUGUUUUUACUUAAGCUUUGAUAUUGUUAUGAUCCAAAUAACUAAUUUAAAUAUUAGCUCUUUUACAACUUUUACAAACAAGGUACUAUUGUUUAUAUUAUACUUUUUAUAAUAAAGGGCUUAUGGCUUCCUUCACGAGUAAUAUUUAUUGGUGCAGAAUGCCAAAUAGAUGAAAUCUAUUUUUUGAUCUCGAAAUCAGAUGCACAUCGACUUGUUAAAAAUUGACACAAUGUCUUUUAUCUAAGUACUUGUAGAUAUUAUAAUCUGUUAUAUUAGAUUAAUUGGAAUUUAAACAAAACGCCUUUAGAAUAUACCUACCUAUGAGUACGUAUAUUGAAAAAUAAUAUUUUUGGCAUGUGACCUAUUUACUGUUGUCACAAGAAAAGUCUCAAAAGUGAUAUUAAAGAACACCACAAUUUUGUCACUUGACUAUCUAUGUAAAUAUAACAUUAUUCACUAUAUCUACUAUGAAUUGUAUCUAAAUUUUAAUGUACGCGAUAUAUUCUUCUCUACACUAUAUAGAAAUCCAUUCCAUUUAGACACAAUGGCUAUUUAAAGGAAUAAACUAUGCCAUAAA